AUUGCGUUAUAGCAGCAAUUUAUAUCAGUUAGGACUGAUCUGCAAAUAAGAGACGUCAUUAUAUAAAAGGCGUUUCUCUUCGAAAACAUCCUUGACUGAUAUUAAUAUCUGUUGCAAUGUGACGUCACAUCAAUAUCAAGAACGUGUGAAUAAACAACAUGCCUUCCUAUAAGCUGACUUACUUUCCUAUUCAAGCAUUGGCCGAGCCAAUUCGCUUUCUAUUAAAUUAUGGUGGUACCAAGUUCAUCGAUUAUCGUUUCGACAGGGCGGAUUGGCCGAAAAUUAAGCCAACUACGCCGUUCGGCCAAGUACCUAUGCUCGAAGUAGAUGGAAAGAAAAUUGCUCAGUCUAAAGCUAUCUCCCGCUACUUGGCAAAACAAUACGGUCUUGUCGGCAAGAACGAUUGGGAAUCUCUAGAAAUUGAUUCUACCGUCGAUACUACACAUGAUUUGUAUAGCCACAUUGCGGCUUAUCACUAUGAAGACAAUGAAACGGUUAAAGAAGAGAAACUCAAAAACGCCAAGGAAACGGUGCCGUACUACCUGGAACGUCUGGAUGCUCAGGUGCAAAAGAACGGUGGUUACUUUGUUGGCGGUGCUCUAACUUGGGCCGAUCUUACUUUUGUCGCUCUAUUGGACUAUCUAAACUUCAUGAUGAAAAAGGAUAUAAUCGAGAAUUAUGAUAACUUGAAGCAGCUCAAACAAAAGGUCGAGGAGAUACCGGCCAUCAAGAGCUGGAUUGAAAAGCGUCCGAGCGAUAUAUAUCCGUAAACAUCAUCAAUGUCAUUUCUGUACUUUUAUUGAUGAUUGAUUUUUUGACCGUUAAUUGCUCGUCAAUUUGAAUCAAGUAUCAAUUUUUUCUUCUUCCAAUGUGCAUAAAUUUGUAAAAUAUAUGUAUGAUAGAUUUAUAAAUGUGCACACCGGAUAGGUAUAUAUUUUAAUACCUGGUGAAGGCUGAUUUUUAUUCGUAUAUUAAUACGACGAUAAUAAGAAUACUAAAAGACUAUUUCUAAUGGAACUUUAACAAGACUGUUUUUUCGCAUUCUGUAAUUUUAUAUUUCAAUAAAUCGCUACUUCUUUAUUAUUUUGUA